AUGUCUACACAGUCCAUCGCCAUCCCGUCGGGCCUGACCGACCGCCGAGAUAGGCCUUCCAAUCCGGCGGUUCGGGUCCCAUCUUCUUCGUCUUCGUCUUACUCAAGCUCUCCGAGGACACCACAGUCCGCACAAUCGACUCCUUCACCAUCGGCCCAGAAGCAGAAGAAGCUGAUACAUGAACGGCGGCCUAGCCUUCUCAGCUCGGCGAUUCUCAAAGAGGAGUGCACAGUUAUCAACAUCGGCGACCCCGAGGGGCCUCCGAGACUUAUCUCCUACACUGUCGCUAGCCAAGGCUAUAUAUGGAACCCAGAAAUUUUCCUCCCAUCGUACGUCGACCACGACUACAUUCCUCUGGACCAACGCCGCGAGCCUGUCCACGAGAUCACCGUGACCGACGAAGAGAUAAACGCCAUUUUCCCACAAUAG